AUGCCCUACUUCCUGCCUGUGCGUUCCACCUUACUUCCGGACUGUGCGGUCCACAUGCAGGAAGUGAGUUUUCGUCGACUGCUGCAGCCUCGGCUCCCACUGAGUGUCCGUGGAAAUCAGGAGGGGGAGUAUAUAGAGGAACACAGGGGUCUGUACAAGGACAUGAUGAUGGAGAAUCACCGGCCCCUCACAUCACUGGAUGGGCCCAGUAACAGAGAUACCCCAGAGAGAUGUCUCCGUACUCUGUAUUCCCAGGAUUGUACAGAGGAGAAUCACAGGAUCCCACAGGAGGAUCAGGGUGAAGCCCAAAUAAAUAAUGUUAAAGUCAAAGCUACAGAGGGAGAAGAAGAGACGUAUUUGACUCAUAUAAAGGCAGAAGAUAUAGAGGGAGAAGAAGAUACGUAUGUGACUGAUAUAAAGGCAGAAGAUAUAGAGGGAGAAGAGACGUAUGUGACUGAUAUGAAGGCAGAAGAUAUAGAGGGAGAAGAAGAUACGUAUGUGACUGAUAUAAAGGCAGAAGAUAUAGAGGGAGAAGAAGAGAUGUAUGUGACUGAUAUGAAGACAGAAGAUAUAGAAGGAGAAGAAGAGACGUAUGUGACUGAUAUGAAGGCAGAAGAUAUAGAGGGAGAAGAAGAGACGUAUGUGACUGAUAUAAAGGCAGAAGAUACAGAGGGAGAAGAAGAGACGUAUGUGACUGAUAUAAACGCAGAAGAUAUAGAGGGAGAAGAAGAGAUGUAUGUGACUGAUAUGAAGACAGAAGAUAUAGAGGGAGAAGAAGAGACGUAUGUGACUGAUAUAAAGGCAGAAGAUAUAGAGGGAGAAGAAGAGACGUAUGUGACUGAUAUAAAGACAGAAGAUACAGAGGGAGAAGAAGAGACGUAUGUGACUGAUAUAAAGGCAGAAGAUAUAGAGGGAGAAGAAGAGAUGUAUGUGACUGAUAUGAAGACAGAAGAUAUAGAAGGAGAAGAAGAGACGUAUGUGACUGAUAUGAAGGCAGAAGAUAUAGAGGGAGAAGAAGAGACGUAUGUGACUGAUAUAAAGGCAGAAGAUAUAGAGGGAGAAGAGGAGACGUUUGUGACUGAUAUAAAGGCAGAAGAUAGAGAUGGAGAAGAAGAGACGUAUGUGACUGAUAUAAAGGCAGAAGAUAUAGAAGGAGAAGAAGAUACGUAUUUGACUGAUAUAAAGGCAGAAGAUAUAGAGGGAGAAGAAGAGACGUAUGUGACUGAUAUAAAGGCAGAAGAUAUAGAGGGAGAAGAGGAGACGUUUGUGACUGAUAUAAAGGCAGAAGAUAGAGAUGGAGAAGAAGAGACGUAUGUGACUGAUAUAAAGGCAGAAGAUAUAGAAGGAGAAGAAGAUACGUAUGUGACUGAUAUAAAGGCAGAAGAUAUAGAGGGAGAAGAAGAGACGUAUGUGACUGAUAUAAAGGCAGAAGAUACAGAGGGAGAAGAAGAUACGUAUGUUACUGAUAUAAAGGCAGAAGAUAUAGAGGGAGAAGAAGAGACGUAUGUGAGGGGUGAUCAGCAGUGUAAGGAGGAGGAGAUCCCUACAGAUAUCAGCACAGCAGGUGGACACACAAGCAGGAACAUCUCAGAAGGACAUCUAAUGUUAUCCCCGGAUUGUGACAUAAAAGAUAAUGACAGUAGACAGGAAUCUCCAGGAGCUAACCCCAUUACCCAAAUUAUUCAUCCAGCUCUAUCAGCUGAUCCCUCUGAUCCUGGGAAAUGUUCUCCUGAUCACUCUGAUAUUGGUGCAUCUGUGACAGCUCUGAGAGUAGAUACAGUGUUUCCCUGUUCUAUAGAUGCACCAUGUUUUACACAGAACACAAACCUUAUUACUAAUCAGCCAGCUAAAGCAGAUGAGAGGCCAUUUGCAUGUUCUGAGUGUGGGAAAUGUUUUACAUAUAAAUCUUAUCUUGUUAGACAUGAGAGAAGUCACACAGGUGAGAAGCCAUAUUCCUGUUCUGAGUGUGGGAAAUGUUUUACAUAUAAAUCUUAUCUUGUUACACAUCAGAGAAGUCACAUAGGUGAGAAGCCAUUUUCCUGUUCUGAGUGUGGGAAAUGUUACACACAGAAAUCAGCUCUUGUUACACAUCAGAGAAGUCACACAGGCGAGAAGCCAUAUUCCUGUUCUGAGUGUCGGAAAUGUUUUGCACGGAAAUCAGCUCUUGUUAUACAUCAGAGAAGUCACACAGAUGAGAAGCCGUAUUCCUGUUCUGAGUGUGGGAAAUGUUUUGCACACAAAUCACAUUUUGUUACACAUCAGAGAAGUCACACAGGUGAGAAGCCGUAUACCUGUUCUGAGUGUGGGAAAUGUUUUUCAUCGAAACCAGAUCUUGUUAGUCAUCAGAGAAGUCACACAGGUGAGAAGCCAUAUUCCUGUUCUGAGUGUCGGAAAUGUUUUGCACGGAAAUCACAUCUUGUUGUACAUCAGAGAAGUCACACAGGUGAGAAGCUGUAUUCCUGUUCUGAGUGUGGGAAAUGUUUUGCACACAAAUCACAUCUUGUUAUACAUCAGAGAAGAAGUCACACAGGUGAGAAGCCAUUUUCCUGUUCUGCGUGUGGGAAAUGUUUUGUACGGAAAUCAGAUCUUGUUACACAUCAGAAAAGUCACACAGGUGAGAAGCCAUAUUCCUGUUCUGGGUGUGGGAAAUAAACUCUUGAUAGACAUGAGAGAAGUCACACAGGUGAGAAUCCGUAUUCCUGUUCUGAGUGUGGGAAAUGUUUUUCAUCGAAACCAGAUCUUGUUAGUCAUCAGAGAAGUCACACAGGUGAGUAGCCAUAUUCCUGUUCUGAGUGUGGGAAAUGUUUCGCACAGAAAUCAGCUCUUGUUACACAUCAGAGAAGUCACACAGGUGAGAAGCCAUAUUCCUGUUCUGAGUGUGGGAAAUGUUUUGCACUGAAAUCAAAUCUUGUUACACAUCAGAAAAGUCACACAGGUGAGAAGGCAUUUUCAUGCUGUGAGAGAAAUGUAACCGCUCUUGUUGAACAUAUUAGACAUUACCCAAGUACGUAACCAUUUAAAUCUUCUGGAGUAUAAUUAUCACUGUCGUGCAAUGUUCCUCAAGGGGGAAUCCUAUCUCCUAUGCUUUAUAAAAUAUACAUGCUACCACUGGGUGAUAUAAUCAGACGUCAUGGCCUGGUCUACCACUGCUAUGCAGAUGACCUGCUUUUUGCUCCAUGUACUGAGAACCUAAUACCAAUCCUAAAUGGUUGUCUAGCUGAGCGCCAGGGGUGGAUGAUGCCAGUUAGCUGUGACUCAGUCUUUGUGAAACAUAAUAGAAGCUCACCAACAAAGGACAAGACUACAGCUUUACCAACCAUCUGGAUUUAUGUUUUGGUGUUCAGAAUUGCAAAAUACUGAACAUGUGCUGAAUCUUUGUGUUGUCCUGGUAUGUGGCUGACACAGACAUCAGGUAUCUGCCACAUACAAAUCCUCAUUCUUCCAUCUGUGGACCAUAGCCAGAAUCAAGCACUUGAUUCCCUCAGAAGUUCAUAGACUACUGCAAUGCCAUCUACCUGGGUCACCCAGCAAAAGAAUUACAGAGCUUGCAGCUAGUACAGAAUGCAGCAGCCAAGCUGUUACCUAACCUGCCCGUUCCUGCCACAUAACACCCAUUCUCUGCUCCCUUCACCGGCUGCCUGUAAGAUGACAAAUCUAUUUCAUAAUUGGCUAACUGACCUUCCCAGCCCAACAUUACAUGGUCCAAGGUACUAGAAGCAGCUUCUGCCUCCUUACUGCCCUGCUUGCUUGCUUCUACAGAUGGACUGUUACCAGCAGUACCAAGAAUCUCCUGUCAUUCAUUUAUGGGUUGAACGUUUAGCUUUGACCAUGGAACUCACUGCCUUGCACAGUCCAAGAGGCCUCCACUCUAGAGACCUUCACAAGCAGACUGAUGACUGUUACUCACGCUUUUCAUUAAUGUACCUCUAUUUACUUCCUAAAUAAUACAUCCCAAAUGCUUAGGUCUUUUUUCUGCUGUUUAUUUUGUAUCUUGUGCUUUGUGUAAAUGUGAAUGUCUAAUACCAGUUUGCACAAUCUGUAUUGCUGCACGACAAUAUGGCGGCCAUUGGAACGUGUUUUCACUUCUAGUUUGCCUAACUUGUUACAUACACUCAUCUUGAUCAGGAGUGUCGAGUGUUUUCUGAUACAAGAUCCUAUCCAUAUAUACCCUGUACAUUACCAUGUGCAUUAGAGUCACCCGGGUUUCAUCUGCGGUGGUUUGUUGUAUGUUACAUCUAUAUGGUGCAGAUACUCCCCUGUGUUUCAUAAUAAAAGCUUUUGUUUGCAUCUAA